UUUUAUUGUUUUUCUUCUGCGAUGUGUGUUCGAAAGUGAGAGGGGUCGUAACCGACGCCAGCGAUGUCACUGGAAGGUCAGCGAUGUGUCUGCGUCGUCGUUCUCCUCAUACACACGGUCACUGGAGCUGGCGAGGGACCAUCAUCUCCAGUGCCUGAAGUAUCAACCAUUAAAGUAGAACAGAAUGAACUGACAGUUACAUUUCCGCCAUUAGAUGAGUUCUAUGGUAACACACCAGAGAAGCAUUUUGGCACUGAAAAUAAUACGUUAGUGACGUCACAGACUGGAUCCACUGCUCUCCUGCCUUGCGUUAUCAGGAAUAUUGGAGAUGGUAUAGUAUCCUGGAUAAGAAGAAAGGAUUAUCAUCUGCUAACAGUUGGCUUGACCACGUAUAGCUCAGAUCAGAGAUUCCAAGCUAUACAUUUGCAGCAUUCAGAGGAUUGGACACUAAAGGUGAAGUUCGUGCAGAAACGUGACGCAGGAAUCUAUGAGUGCCAAGUGUCAUCACAUCCACCGACCAGCAUCUUUCUACGGCUCGAUGUCGUUGAGGCUCGCGCCCAAAUAUCCGGCCCAACGGAAAAAUACCUCAAGCCGGGAUCCACUCUACGAUUGCAAUGUUCCGUCGUACAGACUACGGAAGCGCCCGCUUUUGUAUUUUGGUAUCACAACAGUAGAAUGAUCAAUUACGACUUGGAGCGUGGAAUCAAUGUCACCACGGACCCAGUGCAGCGUCUUUCCGAUCUCCUUAUCCCGGCCGCGAGUGUCUCCCAUGCAGGCAACUACACCUGUGUGCCCAACAACGCUGUACCCGCUAGUAUUUACGUCCAUAUUUUUAAUGGUGAGAAUCCAGCGGCGAUGCAAUCCUCUUCACCUUGUCCUAUGAAGCGUUGCUAUAUUCACGUUGUAUUAUCCACAAUUAUGACGUCACACUUCAUUAUCCGGUGACAAACAUA